UCGCGCGACAGCACAUCACAUCUUUGUGAUGUAUAAUUUACAAAUCGUUGCCUGGUUUAAAGAUAACAGUCAGGUAUGGGGAUUUAUAGCCUCAAAAGCUAGAAAGCAUUUUAAUUACGUAGUGAGAAUUUACUUAGAAAUUUGCCCUAUAAUCUGCUGCAUAUAUUCUGCCGACUGAUUUUGAAAUACACGGAUCAUCACUCAAUUUAUAACAACAAAUAAGAACUCUAUUCAAUUAUUUCCAUCAAGGUGAGAAGCGGCACCCUGCUGCUUUUGUUGAGUGUCCCAAACUUUUUGCAGCCAAUAAUACUUAACAUCUAUCCAAAAGGCAGGUUUUGGGUUUUUUUACACUAUAUUUCUACUUUUACCCAACUGAAAGAUUACAAUUCUUCUUCCAUCAAUGCCGUCUUCACAUAUUCUCUUCCAAAGGUGUAGAACAUCCUCCGUAGACCUUUGUGAUGCGACCCGUCCCAAGGUCAGCGGCUCCUGGCGGUUCACCUCCUCGCACCCAACCCUGUGGCUGUGGGGGAAUUUGGUGUGGGCGGGCCCCUGCGAUGAUGUGCUCACAAAGUCCACACUGUCCAGACAGUCCUGUGCACACCUAGUCCCACCCCCUCAGCUGCGUACCUUUCUCCCCCUCCUCCUGCACUCCCCUGUACAUCUUCUCCUGCUCCUCUGCCAGGGGGAUUCACUCGUUUGAAGUCGCUGCUCGAGGAGUUUCGGAGACGCUUCGCUCUGUCCGACUGUCGCCCGUCACAGCCACCAUGGUUCGCAGCAGCAGCAGCAUCUGCAGAUUGAUCCUGCUGGGGCUCCUCGGCCUCUUGAUAGCCUUUGUACAUACAGAGACGGUCGCAGCCCCCGCCUCAACAUCCAGGGACGACCAGGACACCAUGUCAGGAGAGCCGCCCGGCGACGUCACCACCAAAGGGCCCUUCCAGGACAUGACGGAGCAGUCGUUCACCAGCGACUACGAGGACACCACACACUCCCAGGCCGUGGACGAGGAGGAAGGGGUGCUGGGGCCGGGGGCCAUCACAGCCAUCGUCAUAGCAGUCUUCCUGGGAGCGUCCGUCCUCCUCGCCCUCAUCGUCAUCACACUGAGAAAGUUCACCGCAUCCUAGAGCGAAUGCAUCCCUGUGUGUGUGUGUGUGCGCGUGUGUGUGUGUGUGUGUGUGUGUGGGUGUGUGUGUGUGUGGGUGUGUGUGGGUGUGUGUGGGUGUGUGUGUGUCUUUUGUCUCACAACUCAACCUUUCAACUCCGAACUCUCUCCUCGUCUUCCUUUCAAAGAUGAGUUGUGUUUCUUUUGCUUCGCUGUAGAUGCUGAAAACUGUGGCAGGUCCCUCGACCGAGUCUUUACAGGUUUACUCCUGUAAACACACACACACACACACACACACACACACACACACACACACACACACACACAUGCUAACUGUUGCUCAACAUGUCCACUUAUUCCUGAAGGUAUGAUGUUAGAAACUGGCUGGCUCUUCCAGUGGAAACUAACACGUCCAUGUCCUUUUUAUUUUGUUCAGCCUUUUUUUUUUUUUUUCAAGAUGUCACAUGCAACACUCCCUGGGCUUUUUAAUGUUUGCUUUUAUUUGUACAUGAAGUCUGUGUGCGUGUGUUUGUGUGUGUGUGUGUGUGUGUGUGUGUGUGUGUGUGUGUGUGUGUGUGUGUGUGUGUGGAUCGGUUCUUAGUCUUUCACACCGAUUUCACCUUGUGCCAGAAAUGAUUUCAAAAAUAUUCCCUUGGUCUCACAAGGUCUGAAGUUUGUGUUGCACCAUUUACAAACAUUUGUAGAGUCCGAAUAAGAAGAAGACAUUUGUUAAAAGGCGCCUUCAGUGAGUGUAAACAGGGCAGUUUGUUUGACCUGCAGAGCAAAUAUGAAGUUGGAGCGUGGAUGAAUGUGAGUUGUGCCCUCAAGUCAGUGUCUUGUUUUGUUGUUUUUUAUUCGCUGGAGGAAAAAAUUAUUUUAGUUAAAUAAUUUCGUCCUUUUUCCUAUUUGCCUCACAGCCCUCAGCCAUACGGCUGGAUGUCGCCGUGGCAACGUCACUGCCCAAUGUUUUUUAAUUAGUUUUACUUUGAGAUUUGAAUUGAAUAAGUAAAUCCAAUAAACCAGGUGCCAAAUAA